CCCGGGCAGCCGGCCGGACGCUGUGCCGCCGCUCCCGGCUCGGGCCCUGCGCGGGCUGUGCCUGCGGCUGCCUGGCCCCGGCUACAGCCGCCCUGUGCGCCUCGGUGGGGGCCGGUAGCGCGGCUCCCAUUAUGGUCAGCCAUGGCGUGGCUGGCGGGCGGGCUGGCGGAGUUGCGCUGGUGGGCACUGGUCGCCCUAUUCGUGGCGGCGCUGGCUACCCUGGCUGUCUACCUAGUGCAAUAUGCGCUGCUGGCCCUGCGGCGGAGUCGGCCGCCGCCUCGGCCACUGCCGCCGGCGCUGCAGCGGGACGACCUACUAGAGGAGGGUGAUACGGUGCUGGCGUGGGCGCUGUCGCUGGGCAGCUGGCGACGACAGUGGCGACGGGCCUGGGUGGCGGCGCUCAACGCCGAAGCGGCGACGAGGACGGAUUCAGAGUUGCUUACGUUUGAGGAAGAUGACCCACCGGAAUCACUUGAACUAGCAGUUAAACAAGUUGUUAGCAUUGUAAAGUCAGCUCAAGAGAAGGUCAUUUCUUGCAAUGUCGUGGGAGAUUCUGUUAAAUUUGUUUUCACUGUCUCUCGUACUUCACCCCCAGCUUCAGAAGGUCAGUCAUACAGCGUGAAACUGUCUCCACUUCAUUUGCAGCUUCAGCUCUGCAUGAAAGACAAAGGAGAAGAUGUCAAAGUUGAGUGGUUCCUCAUCAAUGCAAAUGAAACCAACUUUGAAAUCCAGCCAGCAGUGCAGGAGGGACAGACAGCAGGGACAUGUGCAAUAUCUGAAACACUUAGAGAUGUUUUGAAGAACCUCUUCAGCUUGGUUUCUCCAUCUGUAGUGUUGAGCUCAAGACCUACAGAUAUAAAGGAAGUUCAGAAUGUACAGAACAUAAGCCUUCUCCCUCAGGGCACUAGUCCGCCCAAACCUCCAAGGGCUCAUGAACUCAAACUGCUGGUGAAGAACAUCGCGGUAAACCUAACCGAUCACAGUGCUGCAGGCAGCACAAACCUUGUGUGUAUAGUUCAGUUGAAUGACCCUAUGCAGAAGUUUUCCAGCUCUGUAGCCAAAAAUGCUGUAAAUCCCUUUUGGAAGGAAGAGUUUAUCUUUGAACUAAGUGCCAAAUCAAAAGCAUUGCAACUGCAAAUAGUAGAAGAUGGAAAGUUGGAACAUCCUUUGUCUGCAAAGGCAACCAUACCUUUGGACUUGUUCAGGAAACAACCUUCUGGCCAGCAAAGCUUUGCACUCAACAAGACCAGUGAUAGCAGCCCAGAGCCAGGGCUUGGGCUGGGAUCCAUUAGUGCAGAGUUCUCUUUUAUAGAACCCAGUGAAUUAAAAACAUGGCAAGUCUCUUCUUCACUGCCAGCCACUAAAAUAGAAAAGGAUCGCACUGUGAUGCCCUGUGGGACUGUGGUCACUACUGUAACUGCUGUGAAAACCAAACCUCGUCUAGAAGGGAGGUCAUCUCCACUGAGCACAGAUUCUCCUGUGAAAACUCCAGUUAAAGUAAAGGUGAUUGAAAAGGAUGUCUCUGUUCAAGCUAUCCAUUCUCAUGGUGCUCCAGUCAGCAAAACUUUAUCAUCUUCAGAUACAGAACUGCUGGUGCUGAAUGGCACUGAUCCUGUUGCAGAAGCAGCCAUUCGGCAGCUAAGUGAGUCUGCAAAGCAAAAGCUGAAGUCGCCUAGAAAGAAAAGCACCAUUAUCAUAUCAGGGGUGUCCAAGACCUCUUUAUCUCAGGACAGUGAAGCUGCACUGAUGAUGGACUAUGCUGCAGCUAUGGACAGCUCCUGCAAAGCAGAUCCACCAACCGUGGAAAAAUCUGUUGCCAAAGUAACCUCUGAUGAAGAGCUGUCAUUAGGUACUUCAGAAGCAGUACCUGGUAGUGACCCACAGCAAAGUGCCCAUAAAGCUUGGAAUUUGGAGAAUGGCAGCCAACAGUGGGACACCAACACACUCUUAGACCAGACCUGUGAAGAAAUAUCUUGCAGCUCAUUAAGUGUUUCAGAAACUGGGAGCAUGAAAAAAUCUAAAGGUGGGAUUUUGAAAAAAAGUGCAAAGCUCUUUUUCCGUCGGCGACAUCAUCAGAAGGAUCCGGGCAUGAGCCAGUCACACAAUGACCUCGUCUACUUGCAGCAGCCGCUCUCGGAAGAAACGCGCAAGAAGGGGGGCACGCUCUCACGUAUCCUGAACAGAAAGCUCCUUUCCAAACACAAAAGCAAGAACAAACUGAAUGGUGCUUCAGCAGAACCAUACCUAUAGUACGGAACUCUCUCUGAUGGGACACUUGUGCGUCAGUUGACCAUUUGUUUACAGAGCAGUACUAGAGAAUGCAAAUAUGGCUGAUGAUGUGCAUAAAAUGAUGUUCACUUAAUACAGUGGUCCAAAAAUAAACAGAAAGUUUGGGGGCAGGUGCUGCUUAUUUUUCUUCCUGAUUAUAAAGUUGCUUCUCCAAAUACAAGCAGUGCUACUUGUAUCAUGACAGCUUUUGGAGGAUCGUGUGGUGUAUUCUAGAAGAUGAGAGAGGAUGGGGAAUGGUGCAGGUGGGAAGACCUGCAUAUAGGCACCUAGUUUAUAUUAAUGGGGAGCUAAGAGAUGAAAGCUCAUACUUGCUAUAUGACUUAACCACUGUAAGGAAAGAAGAUACCACUGUGCUUCCUUAACUGCAGGCUGGAAUAACAGCAACACAAAGUUUCAACUUGUUUUUCUAAAGAGGCCAAAAGGGAAAAGAGUCUCAGAUCCAGUUUGUAUUGUAAUUUGGAAAUGGGUGAGUUUUCAGAAGCAGAACUAAAAUGCUGAUUAAGGUAUCCUAAUGUAAUGACUGGAGCCUGCUGAAAUAACUGCUCAGUCCAUGUAGGUGGAGAGAUCCCUUUCAUGUUAGCCAUAAAUCAAUCAAUUAUGCAAUUGUAUGUAUUAGCAUAUUGUUUAAUGUUCUGUGCAUAAGUUAUGCUUAAAGAGACAUAACUUUUUUAAAAGUUCAUCUGUGUCUACUUGCAAACAAAGCAGUUAAAAAUUCUUACAUGUAGAAUUUUUCUUUCCUGUGUAAAAAGCUGUGUUGCUAAUGCAAAAGCCUAUCUUAGGGGCUCUAAUUUUGUCUCCCAAGUACUUGAUAGACAAGUAUAUUAUCCAUCAUGUCAAAUGCAAAGCUAGGGGCAAUAAGUGAUGACUAGAGCAUAUUUAACCCUAUAAUGCUUUUCAUUAGACAGCUUGUUUUACUUGCCAAACACUUAUGGAGAUCUUGCAAAAGGCAGUUGUGGAAAAAUAGUUUAAAAUAAUAAUAAUACCAAUUUCCUUAGUUGUCUUUCAGUUUCUAGCUCUACCAGUGUUGUCAUGUGGUGACUGGGUGAGCUUUUUAAACUUUUUUCCUCAUUAAAUAUUGCAUCUGAUUCCUUUAAAUUAAAAGGAAGAAAAUGAUGAAAGUAGUAAAGGCGUAGUUCUUGUUUUGGCUAUUGAGAAAGGUAAAAUGUCAGUCAGUAUUUCACAGGUGCCAUAUCCCGUGCAUACCUGUACUUUUGCAUCCUCUACAUUCCUACAGAGGACAAAGAACCAAGCCUGUUCUCUUUAGCCAAGAAAAGCAUCCAUUCCCUCUAAAUUACUGAUGUGAAUGGGUGAUAGAUUUAUGCCUGCUUUGCCAAAAGUUUUUCCCCUCCCAGUUCCUCUCUUUAGGACACCCAACACUGUGGCACAUAUUUGGGCUUUUGGCUUAAACCAUCCUUCAGAAAUAAAAAGUCACUGAAGAAGAGAAACACAAAACUUCUGAUGGUCUCUAGAUCCUCCUGGGUAAAUACUUUUAAAAGGAAUAUAAACAUAGAAGGGUUUUGGUUUCUGUCAGAAUCUUUUCGCUGAGCCUGUUGGUGAGUACUGUUUAUGUGUAACCUUCCGAAAGCACUGUGGUAGUACAGCAGUCCAGGCUAUGAAAUGGUUGUGUGUUUAAGCAUGCUGCAUAUUAUCAAACCCUUUUAAGGCAUUUUAAUAUUCUGCAUCUUGAAAACUGAUUACAAAUGAGUCUUACAGAGCUGUAACAAGCUUAGACAUCUCAGUUCAGUAAUACAGGUUUAUCCAGCUUGGAUGUGCUUGAACACUUCCAUUUGUUAUUAAUUUAAUACAAAGUAGAAAUUUCUUCCUUUGUUCUACAGUAGUUUAUGGUAUUAGAAUUAAAACACUUGAUGUUAUGUUCUCUCAACAUACACUUUUCCCCUUGGCUCUACUAGAAGCUCUUUGCAUUGCAGGACAAGGUGAGGGGUCAAAUCCCUGUCAUGCUUUAAAUAUUCAGCCUUGUUUGAUAAAUUAAAAAGAAAAUGACAAUGGGUCAUUAAAUUCAAUAAAAUAACAUGAGACUGAGCUCCCUGGGUAGCACCCCCUUAGACUAAAAGCCAAGUGCUGUGAGAUUAGGGAAGGUAAUAAGGGAAGCAUGUAACAUUAUCUGAAGUUUGCUUAUGGGGUUUUGGUUUAUGGAAGCUUUAUUGUGUACUGUAGAAUGGAGUGGAAAUAACACUGAAGAACUUGCAGUAUACAGGAGCAGAGUUUGCUUAUAACUUACUCUGAAGAACCAGAUACACACUGAAGAAGUGGCUUUUUGGUUCUUCUUUCUUAAGGUCUUGGUCAUUGCCUAAAUGUGUGUCUUGGUGGUCACUACAGACUGUGUGAUGGUUUUUGCUGGCAUAUGUUGAGAGAAUGACUUCUUAAGAUGAGGAAAACAAGGCAUUUGGGGUAAAAAGGGAAUCUUGUUUUCUAAUUGCCUCCACUCUUCAGGAAAAUAAACAUUGUUUGAUUUGAUGUUUGACCUCUAUGUCAGGCCAGUGCGUAGCUCACCACUUUCUACCCCUCUACAAAUACUUUGUUUCCUGUUGUAAAAACAAGCUAAGAUACUAAACACAAAGGGCCAGUUGAGUUGCUCAGUCAGGACAGCCCCGAAGGCCUGCAGUUUCCCCUUCCAAAAUAAUUAGAUUGUCAUUUAAGAUCAGGAGAUCUGAUUAUGCACAUUUGUUGUGUACUGGUAUUUAGAUCAGCAUGAGAUGAGUUCUGGCUACCAGUGGAAGCUACGCUACAGGCUUGGGUUGGAAGGACUGGAUUUGUAAGCUGGUAUAGGUAACACUGAGGUGUAUUCUGUCAGCUGCUGCAUAAUACUUCUUCAUGUGUGGUUGUAUGAAGGAUGCCAGAGGGAAUCAUAUUGCUCUUUUAUGUUGUGCAGUCUUCAUCGUUUUAGUAACUAUACACUAGAACAGUAAAACAAAUGUCCAUGUGACAUUACAGUGAAAACUGUUUUCUGCUUUCUAAUUUAAUUACUUUAGAACAGUAGCUUGGAAACAACCUGUGAAAUCUUCCUUCAUUUUUGCCUCUUUUCUUACACUUUUAUGCUUCUAGAUGUUCUGUACAGCAAUGAAGGCCUGGUAUUUAUUUUAUGAGGGCUAAGAGAUGAAGGUUUGCUUUUCUUUUCUGCAUGUAGUUGAGCCUUCUUGAUCUGUGUUUGUGGUUUGCUCCAUGCAUUUUAGCUUUUUGUUUGCCUUAAUGAAUGCAACAUGCAUCCUUAUCUAACCAAGAUUUGUCUUGGCUUUAGUGUGAAUUUUGACCAAGGAAGCAGUAUGAGGAUUUAUUUCUCAUUGUAGAUUGAACAAAACUACCAAGUAUCUGAAGUAUGAAUACAAGCAGGGUAACUUCUUUAAAGCGACAGAUCACUUUAAAAAUUACUUGAAAGAGGAUGGGAUCCUUUAUCCCUUCAUCACUGGUAUUUCAUGUCUGAGUCAUCCUAGGAAGAAAGCACAGUCAUUUCACUUUUAACUAUAUCUAAAACUUGUGAAUCUUAGGUGACAUGAAAGAGAAGUAAUGCCAUUGUGGAAAGAUAGUCAUAUUUAUUUAAAGAGCAAAACAGCUUUGACAAACUUCACCUUAAUGCACUGGUUAUAAACUGUGCAAGCAUGAAGACUGUGUUUACUGUCUUGCUCUUGAGAGGACUUGGCCUUGCAAUGCUGAUUUUUUUGGAGGUACUCCACUACCUGGAAAUGAUACCAGUUUUGAGGAUCAGUGAACUUUUACACCAUUUCCUGCCACUGCAUCUCCUUGCUGGUUCUUGGUGGUUUUCAAAUGGAAGCUUUCUGCUCUGUGUUUCUUGUAAAGUUUUGGUGGUCUUGAUAUGCAAAUUUUCAUAGGGAGAAAACAAAGUCAACUACAUACAUACUACCAAAUGCAUAUGGGGGAGCAAAUAAGACUCUUGCUCCUGUUUAACAUCGUUUUCAGCUCUGGUAGCUCAAGGUGUCACAAGGAGCAAGAGCUAUAUACAAGAUGGGAGCCACACAGCUUGUUUAGUUUAGUUUAUUGCAGUUUUUGAAUUGUAGAUCUGAAGUUUGAGGUAAGUGUUUAUCCUGAUACAGAAUUAAGUAUACCACAGCUCCAGGCUAAAACAUUGCCAGUGUGGGAGGGAUCAGCUGACCUCAUGCUUUGACCUCUGCAGGACCUAAUUGGAUUUUUUCAUGUAUUUAAAGUCAGCAUAGGCUUCUGUACAGUGCUAAGCUACAGCCUUGGUGACAAAACGAGUCUUAUUUACAACAAGGGUGAUUAAGUUAAGGGUGAACAAUAUAAUUUCACUCAGGAUAUCUAAACUGUUACUAUGCAAGAUACUGGCAUGGUGUGAAAAAAGCUGGGAAGGAUGACUCUGAGGUCUUUCCAGUACUCUGUAUUUCCCAAUAAUGUAUUAUACUCUGAUAUUCCAGGCGAGGUAAAACAAGUUUUUCUAGCAUUCUUCUAUGAUAGUCACUAAUUCUGUGUGAGGUUUGAUUUCUUCUUCUUUUUUUCCCCCUCUGUGUACACAAAAUUCUGUUGGUGCAGUUAAGAAAUCUCUGAUGUACAGAUUUAUUAUAUCACUAAAAUGCCUGAGAAAAGGAUUUUUUAAAGAAAUAACUACUGCUGUACAAACAAUAAAGAGCCAAUUGUCUCUG